UUGGAUGAUCAUAAAUGAUAAACACCAUACAAAGUUAUUAUUACUUAAUACUGUGAAACAGUGUAAACAAUACGAAAUUGUGUUAUCAGUGAGAAGUGAUUUUUUGUUUAAAAAUAUUUUAAAGUUUUGUUUUUCAUAGUCAUAGCUAAACAGAAAAAUGAAUCAAUUUGUGAUUGCAAUUUUCGUUCUUUUUGGAACAAUUCUAACGGCUAAUGGACAAGAAGCAGUUAAGGCAACAGUUAAAUUAAUUGGUUCCAUAGAAGGUAAUAUUACUUUCACACAAGCAGCCUAUGGACUUCCAGUACAAGUGGAAGGUGUGAUUCUUGGAUUAGCGCCUAAUUCUCAACAUGGCUUCCAUGUACAUCAAUCUGGUGAUAUUACUGGAGGAUGUGGCUCAACAGGAGGGCAUUUUAAUCCAGAAAAUCAAAAUCAUGGUGCACCAAAUGCCGCUGUACGUCAUGUUGGUGAUUUAGGCAAUGUACAAGCUAAUGCCAAUGGUGUAGCUCAAUUUUCAUUCGCAGAUCAUUUAAUCUCACUCUGUGCUGGACCACACAGUAUUAUUGGGCGCGCCAUAGUCGUUCAUGCUGGUGUCGAUGAUCUUGGUCUAGGUGGAAAUGCCGAUUCAUUGAAAACUGGAAAUGCUGGUGGACGUCUUGCAUGUGGUGUUAUUGGACUUGCGUCAGCUAAAACAUGCGCAGGUGAUGGAAGUGGUGUAAGCGGAUUGAAACCAACCGUUUUCACUAUGGUUACAGUUAUAUUCGCUAUGAUUUUGAAAUCAUUAUAAAAUAAGAUCUUUUUUUUUUAAUUCUAUUUUACAAAAA